AAUGCUACUAAAUAAACUUAUUUACGUAGAACAAGCGAGAAACUAGACGAUUUAAAAUGUUUGUUAUUAUUUUGAUUUUAUUUGUGAUUUGUAAUUUUUCGAUUGGAAACGUGUUCACUUUUGAGACUUUGAGCUCGAAUGAAAAGUGCAAUCCUUACAUUGAUAUAGUUUUCGUGUUGGACCAAACUCUGAACAUUUCCAAAGCUGACUAUGACCUCCAGAUGACCUUUGUCCAGCAUAUUUUGAAAGACCACGUAGCCCCAAAGGGGGCUGUGAGAGUCUCUCUUAUGUCGUGCGGUGAUACUAUUACACGGUCAAGUUCUUUUACAGAUAAACAAAAUAUAUCUAACGAAGAACAGUCCCAGAAAAGUAUCGAGUAUGUGAAAGAUGGUACCCGCCAUUGUUUAGACAAUGUUAAUCUGAAGUUUAAAUCGGAAUCACGAGAUGAUGUUGCCAAAAUGGUGGUUAUUAUAAAAGGACUAUGGGACUGGGAUGUAGAAACAGCGGGCCGACAUGUGAGUGCUAGUAAAGACAACUUAGUGACAAUUGUUGUCAUAGCUAUCGGGAUUAAGGAGUUUAAGGGCUUGUCGGCAUUGAGGCGAUUGGCUACAAGCGACUCCACAUACUUUGUCCUUUCAAAGUUUGAAGAUUUGAACGCACUGGCGAAGGUAUUAACAAAGGGAAGCUGCAAGCUAAUAUCGUUGGACCUAAGAUCUGAAAUAACAGGACAUACCGAGCAGAGCACAACGGAACGACCACAACAUAGAGAAUUUUGCAUAAGAAUUACAGACAAAAUGUUUAAAAGGUACAUCCCCGGAUUUGGUUACACAAGGCUGAAGUGCAAAGAAUCAGAAGUUUUCGAUUUCAAUGGGUGUUCGUGCGUUUAGUAACGGUUGUCAUUUAAAAACGUGUGACAUACAAGAGAAUGGAGGGUGAAUGUGGAAGAUAUUCUUGUGCCCUGUAAUGCAUUGGAUUUUGACAGCGUUUUGCCUAAAACUAAAAUCGAUAUAAUUAUGUUUAUGUUGAAUUAUUGUUCAAAAUAGUAUUUACAUUCAAUAUAGAAGAUAAAGCCAAAAAUACUUUUAGAUACAUUGAAAAUAUUCUGAGUUUGGAUACUCCGGUAUUUACAGAUAAUUUUAAUCGAUAUACGCUUCACAAUUGCAACUUAAUAAAUCUAAUACAUCCAAUCUAAAAACAUCCUAUUUAGAUCUGCAACUCGAAGUUAAUGAAGAUAUAUUAUCAUGUAUGUAUUUACUAAAUGUACUUAUAUACAAUAAAUAUAUUUUAAACCAAACCAA